GGAAAUCAAAACACAUUUUUAAAAUGCCUGCGUUUAAGAGAUUAAAUACUAAAAUAUAUCAAAAAAGUGGUCCGGUGAUCACACCUGAUUAUAUAUACUGGAAAAAAUUAUCCGUUCCAGUCUUGGUAAAAGAAUUUGGCCCAAUAGAUUACAUAGAUUUUUCUCCAAUAGAACCACAUCAUUUUGCUGUGACAUGCUCAGUGCGAGUACAAGUUUACAAUCCAAUUACCAAAUUAGUUGUUAAAAAUUUAUCUAGGUUUAGAGAAAAUGCUUAUGGAGCAGUGUUUCGUUCAGAUGGUAAAUUAAUAUUAGCAGGAGGAGAAGAAACAAAUGUGAAGUUGUUUGAUGUAUCGUCAAAAAGUUUAUUAAGGUUAUUCAAAGGACAUACUGCUCCUGUACAUAGAACACACUUCCUCCAUGGCAAACCACAAAUUUCGACAUUCUCAGAUGAUAAAACAGUAAAAAUAUGGGACAUUCCAACAGAAAAAACCUUAUUCACCUACACAGGUCACACUGACUACAUAAGAGCAGGAGCAACAUGUGCUGCUGUUCCUGACAUAGUGAUCUCUGGGGGAUAUGACCACAAAGUAAAAAUGUUUGACACCAGGACAGAGAAGGAGGUAAUUACAGUUGACCACGGAAGUCCAGUGGAGUCACUGCUCUUUCUACCUGCAGGAGGAAUAUUUUUGUCUGCUGGUGGAACAGAAAUCAAAAUUUGGGAUAGUUUGGCUGGUGGAAGACUUUUGGGGAAUAUUUCUCAACAUCAUAAAACUAUUACCUGUCUUCAAUUAGCUUCAGAUAAUAAGAGAUUACUGUCUGGAAGUUUAGACAGACAUGUGAAAAUAUAUGAUGUUUCUACCUUUAAAACUGUACAUACAUUAGAUUUUCCUAAUGCAAUCUUAAGUUUGGGUGUUUCUAAAACUGAUGACACUCUUGUUGCUGGGUUAGUGGAUGGUUUAGUGUCAAUUAGUAGGAGGGAAGAGGCAAAAGAAGAAAAGAAAACUACUAAAAAGGUUUCUGCUUAUCAAUUUAUCAGCAAUACGCAUCAGCCUUCUGUAGAUACUGUUGUUAAUGAAGUUCACCAUGAAACAGAACGAAAAUUUGAACACCACUUAAGGAAAUAUGAGUACUCAAAAGCCUUAAAUAGUGUGCUUUUGCCAUAUGUUGUAAACAAGAAUCCACAAAAUACAGUGUCCUUAAUACAGGAACUAAUUCGUAGAAGGGCCUUAGACAGAGCUUUUCAGGGCAGAGAUAAAAAAUCAUUAACUCAAAUCUUACGAUUCUUUAUUAGGAAUAUUACUGACAGCCGAUUUACACGAGUACUUAUAGAUGCUGCCAAUAUUUUCUUUGAUGUCUAUGAAAGUAGUAUUCACACAUUACCUCCUGAAGUUGGAAAACUUUUUAUUGAGUUAGCUGAAGUUCUUAAGCAAGAAACUGAAUUGAUUAACAAUUUGGCUUCCAUACAAGGCAUGAUGAGCAUGCUUUUAGCUAGUCAGGUUACAAAUGUUGCUGAACCAACUGGUAGUGAUAAAAAAGGACAUAAUCUUGUACCUAGUAGUGACGCACAAAAGAAUUUUGUUGUAACAGUAUCAUGAUAAUAGGAUUUUGUAGUUUUAUAUGAAUAAAAA